AUGGAUCUACGUUUAACCAAAUGGAAUCAAAAUGAUAAAUCUAGAACAACCGACAUUUCAACCGACACCCCAACCGACACAUCUCAACAAGUGACAUCUCAACCGGCACCUCAACAAGUGACAUCAUCUCAAACAUCAUAG